UUAAGUGACUUGCCCAGGAUCACACAGCUACUAAGUAUAUGAGGUCAGAUUUCAACCUGUCUUCCUGACUCCAGGCCUGUCAGCCCUCAGAUAAGGCAGCAACAAAUGACAAACAAAAUGUUUUCUUUUCUGGACCUUCCCAGAAGAGGUAGAGGUAUCUCUAGUUAAUCUUUUAGGAAAUGGAAGAUACUGCCUGGGUUGGAGGGGGAAAGACCGAUGGCAAAUAGGUCAGUGAAGAAACUGCUUAACUUGUAACUGAUCAAAUUACUGUAACUUGAAACCUUGUAAAAUUUUGACAUAAUGGGUCCCUAUUUAAUUUGGGUUACCUGCAAUUAGUGCAUGUCUUAAAGAGGAUUGAUUAAGAGGGAACAGAGAAUGAGAUCUGAACCGGCCAGGGAACAACCUAACACUGAAUGUGGGGAGCUGAUUUAGGUGUUCACCUGCCAUGUGGCUUUUAGGCAAUCGCUCGAUUUAUCGAAUAAUAAAAUUGCUCAAAUUUUUAUCAAGUACCUUCUGUGUCCCAGAUAUUGUGCUAAAUGCUGGAGAUGUUUAAACAUUACAAGCUUAUCUUCCUUCUGUGAGUUUAUAUUGUGACCACCUCCCGAAAAAAGGCCAGAAACGUUUUUCUGAGUAACAGCCCCUCUCCUGCACCCGCCCCAACUAAUAAAUCACCUCAGGAUCAUUCCCCCUUCCUGACAGCGCACAUCAUAGAACCUCUAGCGCCGCGUCUUCGUCUCCGUUUUCAGAGGAUAAUAGAUUUGGCACUGGAGGGAACUGGGAGGGCAUCCAAUCAAAUCACUUCAUUUGUAGGUGAGAAGCCGAGACCCAGAGGCGUGACUCCCCGAGGUCACCGAAGUGCUAAAUGGCGGAUCUGAGAAGCUAAACCACAUCCCCCGACUCUACAUCCAUCACCUAGAGUCACUUCCAUCCGGGAGCCUCUCGUCUCGUUCUCCCUUCCCGCUCUCUUACCAAGUAGGCUGGAAGCUGAAGGCACUCUCCCCGCCUUCCCCACAGAAUACGGUUGUAGUAACCGGGAACUGUAACUAGGCACCGCGUAGGUGCCCAAGAAAGCCCGGGUUAAUUAAGUGCCUUCUUCCGGAAAAUCUAUUCUCCCUCCUCUCAGACCCUAGGAAAAUCCUAACUAUGGAUUUUCCAGGAUUUGUGCCUAGUAGAGACCCAAGAUGGGCUCGGAAGAGUCCCGAGGGUCUGAAUCUGCCUCUUCCUUCGGGUUUUCUGGAUCGCCUCCCAGGUCGGCGCUCACCUGGCUGGGGAGGGGCCUGCCCACCUGAGGCUGUCCCUUCCCUGCCCCACCCCCCGCCCUGGGAGGAGCCUGAGUUCGCAGUCAGCUGAGCCACUCCAGAGAGAAUAUUACUAGAACCAGGGCCCCCGCGACUCCUUCCGGCCUCCCUCAUCACUCGGUCCAUCUGGAUUUGGCUGGAGCCAGAACUAGAGUUGGAUGGGACCCAAGAACUCGGAGCCCAAAGCCAGAAAUCAGAAACUCAAGCUCAACAGAAAUCAGGACUACCAAGAGCCCGGAACCAGAAAGACAUGGCCAUGGGCAGCCAGGAGCCAGAGCCAGCUGAACCUGGGUCUGGGACCCCUGAUGAAGAGGAGAGAACAGACAGCUUGGCUCCUUCAGCCCCCCACCCUCCUGAGGCGGCCCCCAUGGACAGAGAGCCCCUAUUGGGAGCUGGAGCCCAGUGGACUCUGCAGCUACUGGACGACUCAGAGGAUGAGUGCCCUAUCUGCACAGAGCCCUAUGGGGCCGGCGAGCACCUCUUGGUAUUGCUGAACUGUGGACAUGGCCUGUGCCAGCAUUGCCUAAAUAGGCUCUUGGGCACAGCUCCUAGCACUGAUCUGGGCCGUGUGCGAUGCCCCUUAUGCCGGCAGAAGACUCCCAUGUUGGAGUGGGAGAUCUGCCAGCUGCAGGAAGAGCUGCUCCAGGCUGAUGGGCCCCAACCCCCACCCCCUCCUAGCCCUCCAGCCCUUCCCCCAAGAGGGACAGGGCCCUGGGCCUCUCUGGAGCACCGUUAUCACUUGCGAGGGAACCGAGGUUGCCUCCCCUUCUUGCCUUGCCCACCCUGUCUGAUUGCCAGGCUCUGGGCCCUUCGGGACAGGGGGCCGUGCGUCCGAUGCCUAGUCUUGCUGACCAUGCUAGCCCUGGAGAUGUUUGGACUAGUCCUCAUCUUUCUGCCCCUCCUCCUACUUGCCUUGCUCUUUAUCCUGCUGAAUCGUUCGGGCCACUGAUGCUCUAGCCAGGAAAUGGACCUUUCGAGGGGGUGGGCCCGCUCCCCCCCCCUCAAUGAUGUGCUCAUUGAAGAAGUUCUGACCUGAGACUUGAAGUCCUGCCACAUCCUCUCACUGGAAGGAUCCUGAACUAAUAUUAUCCUUGAGAAGACCUAGGGGACAAUUCUUCCAGGAGCUAAUGGUCACUGAUUAGAGAGCUUAGACUUUGAUCACAAUCUCCUCAGCUGCCCUCCUUGAUAGUCAAGACUGAAUGGGGGAAGAAAGGACUGGAUUACUGAUAGAAGUAAGUUCCCAACCUGGAGGAUUUUUAGAAAUGACCAUUUAUAUUACAAUGAAAAGAAGUAGGGAAAAAGCAAUGAGUACACUGAGCUGGUGGGUGUGGAAGGGGCAGGUGUGGGCAGACUGAGUCAGGAGACAAGCGGCCUCUGAGGAUUCGAGGAAUAGAGGUCUAGACCAGCCAGGAAGCUGGGGGGGGGGUGUCCUUCUCUGACCGCCUCCUUGUCUGGAGGCCUCAGAUAAGGGCUUUGCAGCUGGUGUUCCCUGAAGGUCAGCCAGGCUUGGGCUUGAAGGUGGGGAAACAGAAACUGCUCCCACCCAAUCAGGGUGGAAUCUCAGGCCUCUGCCUGGCAAGUGGGAGUUCCCUGGGGAAGAGCUGUGCCUCCACCACAUAGGCACAUGCCUCCUCUUAACAGGGAGAGGACCAGCUGUGGUGCAAACAGAACUUAUCCAGGUGUGAAAAUACCGGGAAGCAUAAAUGGAUUUAGACCAAAUUCCAAGGCGAGCCCUUCAGCAACCACCUAAAUUGUACUGAAACUUGUCUCCCCACCCCACCCCACCACAUGCACAGCCACUUCACAAAGGGGAGCCCACAAAGAGAGGAGCCACCAGCUUUGGGGGGGCAGAGACACAGCAGUGCUGGACAGAAUGAAGGAGCCUGAGAAUCCAGCUGUAUCCUCUCCACAGACUACAUCUUGAGAGCUAUAUUCAGAAGGAUGGUGAGAAGCUGGAGUGGAUCCAGAAGAGAGCAACCAGACUCGUGGGAGGCCUGGAGACCCAUGUCAUGUGAAAAUUGAUUGAAAGAGCUAGGUAUCAUCCAUAGGGAAAUGGUUAAACAAAUGAUGGUGUCGGAACGGAAUGGAAUGGAAUGUGUCACUGUGCUGAAAGAAAUGAUUACAUGGACAGAUUUGCCCAAUAUGAUGUAGAAUGAAGUAAGAAGACCAGCAGUUCUCAAAUUUUUUUGGUCUUGGGACCCCUCUACAUUCUUCAAAGUUAUUGGGGCUCCCAAAAAGCUUUAGUUUAUGUGAGUAAUAUCCAUUGAUAUUUAUUAUGUUAGAAAGAAAAAGUAAUAAAUUUCAAAAAUAUUUAUUCAUUUUAAAAAAUAAUAAAACUGUUACAUGUUAA